AUGGCCCAAUCGCUCAAGCCAAUUCGAGUCUACGGGGGCUCAUUUGGCCCCAAUCCAUUCAAGGUCUCCAUCAUCCUGUCUGAACUCGGCCUUCCCACUGAACCGAUCCCCACCGAUUUCAGCGAACUCAAAACCCCUGCCUACGAAGCGAUCAACCCUAACGGUCGUCUGCCCGCCAUUUACGAUCCUAAUACUGAGCUCACGCUGUGGGAGUCCGGAGCUAUUAUCGAAUAUCUAGUUGAAACCUAUGACAAGGACCAGAGAAUCAGCUUCGCACCCGGCAGCGCCGAAGCGCACCACGCCCGCCAGUGGUUGCACUUCCAAAUGUCUGGCCAAGGUCCGUACUACGGGCAGGCAGUUUGGUUCAAGCGAUAUCACCCAGAGCGCCUUCAAAGCGCGGUCGAUCGGUAUAUCCAGGAGAUCCGGCGGGUGUCGCAGGUGCUCGACCGGUGGUUGGCGACGCGUCAGUGGCUGGUAGGCGAGAAGCUGUCGUAUGCCGAUCUCGCUUUUGUCUCGUGGCAAAAUGCCGCCCAAAAUAUGCUGGCGGAUGAGGGCUUCGAUAUGAAAGAUUUCCCCUAUGUGGCGGCGUGGAUGGAGAGAAUGAACAGUCGCCCGACUGUCCGUGAUCUGAUUGAGAAGCAGGACAGGAUGUUGGAGAAGCUGAACAGUGCUACCGCAGCAUUUCGAAAAUAG